AUGGGGUGUGUUCAUGGGAAGUGUUGUAUCAGGUUUCCUAAAUCCUCGAGUGGUGAUGAGAAGGAAGAUUUGGAUGUAUUUAGGGGUAAGGAUACGUAUAUACUUGCUAACAGUUCUUUAGAGGUUGAGGUUGUGGAUGUUCCUUUUCAAAAUUAUAGGUUAGAGUAUUCCGUGCUUACACACCGUGGGUAUUAUCCUGAAACCCCUGAAAAGGAGAAUCAAGAUAGUUAUUGUAUUAGAACAAAGAUUCAAGGCAACCCGGAUGCACAUUUCUUUGGUGUGUUUGAUGGGCAUGGACAGUUUGGCACACAGUGCUCAAAUUUUGUCAAGGAUAGGCUGGUUGAAAUUUUGUCGAAUGAUGUUACAUUAUUUGAUGAUCCCGUUAAGGCCUAUAAAGCUGCAUUUUUGUCAACAAAUGAUGAACUUCACAGUAGUGAUAUAGAUGAUUCCAUGAGUGGUACAACGGCUAUUACAGCUCUUGUCAUCGAGGAUAGACUAUACGUGGCAAAUGUGGGUGAUUCUCGAGCAGUGAUUGCUAUCAAGGAAGGAAACAGAGUUCUUGCUCAAGAUCUGUCAUAUGACCAAACGCCAUUCAGGAAAGAUGAAUGUGAGCGGGUGAAGCUUUGUGGGGCUCGGGUUCUGAGCGUUGAUCAAGUUGAAGGGCUUAAGGAUCCAGGAAUUCAAUCUUGGGGGGAUGAGGAAACGCAGGGGGGUGAUCCACCAAGGUUGUGGGUGCAAAAUGGGAUGUUUCCUGGAACUGCAUUUACAAGAAGUAUUGGAGAUAGCACAGCUGAGAAGAUUGGUGUGGUUGCUGAUCCAGAGGUGUUAACAGUGCAACUUAUGCCUAACCAUCCGUUCUUUGUUGUAGCAAGUGAUGGGGUUUUUGAGUUCCUAUCCAGCCAAAAUGUGGUGGACAUGGUGACUAAGCAUGCUGAUCCCAGGGAUGCAUGUGUUUCCAUUGCCAGAGAAUCAUACAAAUUAUGGUUAGAGCACGAAAACCGGACGGAUGAUAUAACUGUCAUCAUUGUACACGUUAAAGACUUGACCAUGACUGUAUAA